AAUUUGACAUAUGAGAACACACAAAAACACAACAGUGCUGAAUUGACGUAGUAAUGAAACACGAGAAUAGUGAUACAUUUGAAAUUGUUGUUGCCUGAGUAGCUGUGUGAUUGACACGUAUUACUCGAUUCGGUAAUCUGUAUCUUAAUUUGCAUUCAUCAGUAUGUCUACUAGUAUGGAACCUGCACAAGUGUCUGCACGUUCAGCUGUAGAUAUGGACUUAUUAGAACCUACGUUGAACAAUGUUCUUAGUCAGUUAACAUUGCGUUGGAUUUUUGUUGGUGGGAAAGGUGGUGUAGGGAAGACAACAUGUAGCUGCAGCUUAGCUGUCCAGCUAUCAAAAGUACGCGAUAGUGUUCUUAUUAUCUCUACCGAUCCUGCACAUAAUAUUUCUGAUGCCUUUGAUCAGAAAUUUUCCAAGAUCCCUACAAAGGUUAAGGGAUUUACAAAUUUGUUUGCUAUGGAAAUUGAUCCUAAUGCAGGAUUUAAUGAAUUACCUGACGAAUACUUUGAAGGUGACACACCAUCUUCUAUGAAAUUAAACAAAGGGGUAAUGCAAGAACUUUUGGGAGCCUUCCCUGGUAUUGAUGAAGCUAUGAGUUAUGGUGAAGUAAUGAAACUUGUCAAAGGAAUGAAUUUUUCAGUGGUAGUUUUUGAUACAGCCCCAACUGGACAUACUUUAAGGCUAUUGUCAUUUCCCCAAGUUAUAGAAAAGAAUCUUGGUAAACUGAUUCGCUUGAAAAUGAAAAUUGGUCCUAUUGUUCAGCAAAUGGGUGCUAUAUUGGGAUUAAAUGAUUUUAAUCCUGAUUCAUUUUCUUGUAAACUAGAAGAAAUGUUGAGCAUUAUUCGACAAGUGAAUGAGCAGUUUCGUGACCCAGACCAGACAACAUUUGUUUGUGUGUGUAUUGCGGAGUUCCUAUCCCUUUAUGAAACAGAACGAUUAGUUCAAGAAUUGACAAAGUGUGGUAUUGACACUCACAACAUAAUUGUAAAUCAAUUAUUAUUUCCUGAGCCUGGAGCUAAACCAUGUCGUAUGUGUGCUUCAAGACAUCGUGUACAAGAAAAAUAUCUAGAUCAGAUUGCAGAUUUAUAUGAAGAUUUCCAUGUGAUAAAAUUGCCUUUAUUGGAUCAUGAAGUUAGAGGUGUUGAGCAGGUGAAAGAGUUUUCUCAACAUUUAGUCAAAGCGUAUUCCAAGACUCCAGAAUCCUAAUACCUUGUGUCUGAAGUAUGAGGUAUGAAAUAUACAAUAGAAGAAUUAUGUGUAAUUCUGGAAAAAGGAACUUUUGAAUUGGUGGUACCAUGAUAGUGUGGGUCAACAAAUAACAAAACAACAAUUUGUUACCAAUUGGAUUGUAUUCUUGCGAAUGGUGGUUAAUUUCAGUAAUGUUUGUUAUUGCCCGGACUGAUUUUUGACAUUGGUGAAGUUGAAAUUCGCGUCUGAGGAAUGGAUUGUCCACUUUUCCUUGUAUCAUAUUUAAUAAAGAAACCUACUAAUAUAACUUAUAAUAAAUAAAUUUGUUGUGCAAUUCAAUAUGAAAGUGCAGACAACUCAGUAUGAUUUUAUUUAAUUUCCAGGUUAGACUGAAUACCUAAAAUUAAACAUUUUGCAUAUUUUUAAGCUGUACUUCAUUUUUUCCUUAAUGUACUGCAUUGCAAGGUUCAGAUAAAUUGAGAGACAUUUCAAAAUGGCCUGGUGUCUUGCCAUUCCUCCCUACCCACUUUCUUACUUGUAAAAAUAUCUAAUAGUUACUUCAUCCGUGAAAGCCUACCAUGCUAUAUCAUCUAAAAAUUAGUGGGAAUUUUGUUAUUUCUCUGCACUUAUGGAAACCACUAUUUACCUUUACUGUUUCAUUUGGAAAUGGUUACUUGGCAGUAUGUAUAUGACAAAAUAGACGUUGCUAUAUGCAUAUCAUGAAAAUGCCAUGGCUAGGAUACUGCAAAGUAAACAAAACACUGUGGUGACAUGAAUCAACAUGGCUGCCAUCUCGCAUAUCGAGAAUGAUCCUAAAAGUAGUGGAUGAAAGUGUCUUUGGCGUACUCAUUUCACUCGGGUCCUAUCAUCUCCACGUCCAUCAACAUUUCUUUUAUAUGCCAAAAUCUCACUUUUUAUACUAGUUACAUAAAAACUAUUUGCUUAUUUUUUCUGCUAAUGCAUAUCAUAGACCUCAUGUGUGUUGUUUUGCCUUGUAAUAAACCACUAGAUCCUGAAUUAAUAAGCAUAAUCAAAUUAUAAAAUAAGUAAGCAAAUAAGUGCAGAAAAUUGACAAAUAAGCACCAAAAAAAUGAAAAUGAAAUAAAUUAUUUGUUCCAUAGAAAUUUUACGUUUUUCAAUGCUGUACAGCAGGCUUGCACAAUGCCUGCUCCUGCAAGUAGUGGGCUGUAGGCACCUUGGGGAGAGGGGAGAAGUGGGAGUAGUGACCCAUACAUUGAAUGACUGGGCGUCUAAUGCAAUGAUUCAUGCUGUAAAAUGAUUUGCUCACUUAUUUAAAUGAGUAAUCUACCGUAUUUCUAGCUACAAAGGCCAUAUUUCACUGUUUAUGUUCUUGUGUGCACUGCUUUGUAUCAACUUUUUCUUUAACUCAAAAAUCGUAUUUUAAAUCAGUGGCCUCUUUUAAAAAUUUAUUAUGUACUUUUAACUAAUAAAAAUUUACAAUUUAA